CUUUUAUCUCAGACGAUCGCCAUUUUCCAAGACACAUCGAUUCGAGCUUGAACCGAUACGUGAAGCAAAGAAAAUAACAGCCGAUUUAUUAGAUGAUCGAAUGCCGAUAUAAAGGCGCUGAAAAACAUUCGAAUUUAUAGAGCUGCUUGAGGAUAAAAUUAAAGUGAUGGAGCAAGGAGAAGGUCAGUCUUCUGGAAAUGAAGAGACCCCAUACACUGUGGUUGUUCAGAUCCCAAAUCCGUAUGGAGAUUCCUCAGAUCCUAUUUAUGUUUUUGGAUCCAGUAAUCAGGGUCCAGAUCAAACUGCGAGGAUGACCCAGCUCUACCAAGCUGUGAAUUCUGUAGAAUCUGAAAAUGUCAUUUAUGUUCAAGGAGAAGCAGAUGAAGGACUUAAUGAGUCAGCUGAUGCUGAAGUUCAUGAUGAAGCUGAAGAAGCGUUGGGAGACGGAGAUGACGGAGCCAUGGCUUUACUACAAGGAGCUACUCCUAUCCGCAUUAUAGCUCAUCCCCAUGCAAAGAGUUUUGUUUGGCAACAUUUUGGUUUCGUGCCACUGGGAGAUUCUGAUACGCCCGACCGACGACGUGUCUUGUGUAGACUUUGUCUCCGUGAACUUCCCUAUUGUGGCAAUACCACGAAUCUGCAGUAUCAUUUGCAACGAUACCAUCGUGACGUCAUGCCUGCAGGUCUAAGGGAAAUGCGACCCUCGCCACGCACAGCUCGACGAGCAUCUAGGCUUCCGGAUCCGAUUGGAGAUCCAGGCCAAUUAAUUGUUGUGGAAGCUAGCCCAGAAGCGCGACGAAGAGGCAAUUACGCUCGCCGUGGAGCUGCCAUACCUGGCGUGUUGAACAAUUCCUCAAUUCAUGGCGAAAACGAAAUGUCUGCCCCAACAUCAACAGGACUUUCGAACCAACAAUCUUGGCACUGGCAUAGUUCCCGCAAGCAGCAAUUGACCAAUCACAUCACUAGAUCACUUGUGACCGACUGUCUUCCUAUCGGCACUGUUGAAGGCCCAGGCUUUCAGAGUUUGAUCAAAUUACUAGAUCCUAGCUUCGAGUUUCAGACAGCCAACCAAUAUCGAACACAACUUCUACCAACUCUCCAUCAAGAAGAGAAAAAAAAAAUUUUGUGUUCUAUUGUUGGUGUCGAGUACUGCUCCCUCACCCUGGAUGUUUGGAAGAGCCGCGAGGUUGACGUUUGCUACCUUGGCGUUGCAUGCCAUUUCGUAAACACGGAAUGGGUGGUGGAUAGCCGCUACUUGGCGACGCUAGAAUUAACCCAAAAUCAAGAUUCUGAAGAUCUGACGAGGAGAUUGCAACGACUAAUGGCCGACUGGCGUCUUACGAUCCGUUGGGCAGUGACCGGUUCAACAGCACCUGAGCAUUCUGAUCUUCCUCCAGGACUCAUCAACAACGCCCUACAAACAAUACACCUUCCGCAAGUGAAUUGUUUGGCUGCAGCUCUCCAACACGCAGCUAACAAGGCCAUGCAAGUUCCUUCAGUAGAAGGUGCUCUAAAGCGUGUUCGAACUCUUGUCAACCACAUUCAACGAACUCCUGAAUUAAGGAUUAAAAUCCAAGAAAGACUUUGCAGUCAGAACUUAUCAGGCCUACCCUCCAGCCUUCCUCGUUCUGCCUCAUGGUUUCAGGUUUAUACAGUAUUGCAGAGGCUUCAAGUUGGACGGGAUGUUAUCCAAGUCGUGUUCACCGAGAAUCGCGAAGACACGUCGGCUUUUCUACCUAAUCAGAAAGAGACUUUUGCCCUAGAUGCUCUGCAGGCUGUUCUGAAACCUCUGAACGAAGCAGCUGAUACGCUGAGUGGAGAUCCCUAUCCGUCAGUUUCGCUGGUGCUUCCAUUAUUAUUUAAGCUAACUCAAGUGAACCUAGCGGAAUCUGACGACGACACUCAUCUUCUAAGAGAUUUAAAAUCUCUUGCACGUAGCGCGUUGCGCAACGCCUACGAGCGAGAGGAUACUCAACAGUUGUUGCGUAUGGCAAUGUACCUGGAUCCUCGUCUCAAGCGGCUACCAUUUUUCUCCAAAGAAGAGAAGACGACUGUCCAACAACUAAUCCGCAAAGAGCUCACCAAGGUCAUAAAAAAGCAAGGGGGAGCCGGCACUAAUAGUUUAACAUAUCGCGGUGUUCAGUCACCAGCCGGCAAGAAACCUAAGCUUGCAGUUAUGCUGGAGGACAUAUUUGCAGUACCCGUUUCUCAUGUAGUUGAUGACGAUGAGAAAGAUGGUCUUGGUGGGCAUGGAAAUUCAUCCUUGUCACUGCCGGAGAAUAUUGCCCAGUCAGAACUUCAGUGUUACGAAAACGAAGAAGCAGUCAGCUUGGAAGAACCUCAACCUCUACGUUGGUGGAAAGCCAGGGAAGGCCAAUACAAAUUUCUCUCCAAACUUGCACGACGCGUCCUUUGCAUGGCUGCUACUGCUAUACCUAUGCGUCGACUACUUACCAGCGAAGGUCAGGCAUGGACUGAUCGUCGUGGAGUCCUGCCCGCUGAAGAUCUUGAGGUCAUUUUCCUCAGCCAUAACUACGGAGGAGGGAGUGGAACUCUAUCUACUUCUGCAACCGGAAAUUAAUCUGCAAAUUUUAAAUAUUAAGUAUUUCAAAUUUCAGUUAUUUCGUUCACUUUUUUUUUUCGUCGUUGUUGGGUUUAUUUUUGUUUUCUUUUGCCCGUUCCUUACCUUAUUGAAUAACUGACCUCGUUAAGUCGUUUCGACCAAGCAGUCAUUGCUCAGUAAAAGUUCAUCAUCCUCGAAUAAAACGACAAUUCUCAGUCUCA